UGUGUGGCUUGCCCUCGUAAGUUUCGUGCGUGCAUGCCAGAUGUAAUUAAUUUGUCAAGUACAAAUUCCAACCUAGCCUGCACACAUUUUAUAUUAUGAAUAAUAAUUCCCAUGAUUCAUUGCCGUCCUAUUGCAAAGGUCGAAGGUCGUGGGUACGUUGAGACAUGGCUAGUUCUUUGUCAUCAUUGUGUCGGCCGUUUCAGUCAUUGUGCCCGCCCUACUGAGUCCGGACAUUCGCCGAAAAUUUGCUGCCAUUUUGUUGCAGAAAAACCUCCCCGUGUGAUUUCGCGAGUGGUGUGAAGUGAUUGGAGACAAUUUGACCCCGUCAUUGUUCCCCCGUGGUCAGUCAAGUCGGCCUUUUUCUGGCCACAUAUCAGUGUCAAAUUUGAUCAGGGUAAAAUUUGCUGGGCUGGGCAUUCCAGCACAGGAUCUUAGAAGUAGAUCUUGCAGUUUUAAUUGGUGGCCAUUUUGCAAACCACUGAAGCUGAACAAUGGGCCUGAGCUGCUGUGUUCCUGGAUGCAACCACAAAAAUGGCAGAGAGCUCUGCAGUCUGUACAACUUCCCGAAUGAGAACGAUGGCCCAGAUUGGAAGCAGUGGUAUAAUAUGUGGUGCGAGCGCAUCGGCAAAUCACACAGGGAUGGAAGCGGACAUGGCUGGAUGCCUACAACUUGGAGUCGAGUCUGUAGUUGCCACUUUAAGGAAGAGGAACGCUGGAAACCACGAACUCGUCAGCCAGGAUUGAAAUUCCGCGCUCCUGUGUACUUCCCAUUCAUGAGUGGUGCUUCCGGCAGUCUCACAAAAUCUGAACCGAUGAAUAAAACCCCGCUUCUGGCAGGUUUGAGGGUUGAUACAGGAAUGAAGAGCAGUCUGCUGGCUGGACUUAAUGUGAAAAUAGUUCCUGCUGAUAAUGAUAAGGCAUCUGAUACAGAAACUACUCAAGAUUCCAAACCGGGUAGCCCAUCAGAAAAUGAUGUUCAAAUGAAAGAGGAGACGAGAAAGGAUGGUGUCAAACGGGAGAGUCUCGACUCUGGAGAAACAAGCGCAAAAAAGAGUAAACUCGAAGAUGAUGAUGAUGAUGAUGACGAUGUUGAGAUGAUAGAAGAUGACGAGGAAGAGAACCUCAAAGACAAGCGAGAUGUUGCCGCAACGAGCAAGGCCAAGAACAUGACCAAGACCAAAACCGAGGAUGAUGAUGUCCAGAUGAUUGAGGAGGACGGAGAUCCGGCGAAAGCAGUGCAAGAGAAGACAGCUCCCAAGGAGAAAGGGAGUAAGACGUCCAGUGAGCGCCUGCUGAAAGCCUUGACACAACCCAACUCCCCAGCCCUGCAGAUCAUCCACUCAUCCUCUGCCAGCAACAGUCCAGUCCCCAUGAACAUGAGCAGUGGCCAGUCCUCAGGCAGCAGUGCCAGCGCCUACAGCUCCCUCGUCCAGAUGAACGCCAAGUCACAGAUACCAGGUAACACGGUACUGUCAUUAUCCAACCGUACUGUAGCGCCCCAGAGCAAGUAUGCUGAACUCCUAGCAGUCAUUGAAGACAUGGGCAGAGACAUCAGGCCUACCUACUCCGGUAGCAGAACAGCUACUGAGAGACUCAAAAGGGGUAUCGUUCACGCCAGGGCCUUGGUGAGGGAGUGCUUAGCAGAGACAGAGCGCAGCGCCCGGUCAUGAUAGCAGCCCGUGUCGUCUCCUUAUGAUAAACUGUAAUAUAUAUGCUUUCCCACACAAUUUUUUUAAAAAGCCAAAUUGUCCCUGAUCAGCCAACUCUGGAUUCGCCAAGUAAUGUUACUUCGUUGUCAGUUUCUGUAAUAGAAAACACCGACUUGGCUCUUUCCUACUGUUAAGCAUAAAACUUUUGCUAAGCACAAAAAAUAUCUGCUAAGCAAAACUGGGUUACCAGCCAAAAUGACAUGCAGUGCACACUGCUUGUUACUGGUUUCCAGCUUAUAUUUGUUCAGCACAUAAAAUUUGCUAAGCAGCUCCAUGAAAUUGGACACUGGAUUUUAAAGUUUUUUUCCACCUGCUAACAACCAAUUAUUUACUUGAGAUGUAUUCCGUGACCCUGGAGAGCUUGCGAUAUAUUUACUUGCUGAACAUUUUGUCUUUGAUGAAAGUGUUACAUCAGUGUACAAUUCAGAGCAUCUCACAAGAUGCUGAAAAUACUCCACUAUUAACAGGGAAAGCCCUGGAACACUAGGUUUCCAGAAGUGGUUACACUUCCUCUGUGUCCUUAUGGGAAACGCGCCAUAUGAAAAGAGGUUUCCAGAAGUAAUGGGAACAUUCUGAGUAUGAAAUGCUCCUUUAUUAAAAAGCACAGUUGUACCCAUACAAUUGUGUAGGUCAUACAUAUUUUCAAAGAAUGGUGAAAACGUGUGACAUUGUCAUCAAGACGUCAUCAAAAUGCAAUGUCAGAUUUUAAAAAAAUUGAAAAGUUGAACAAAGAAAUUGACUGGAGCGGAGUUUGAACCUGCGACCUCUCUCAGCCGUUACAGUUCACCUAGUCAGUUUCCCUUUGUGGUUCAGUUGAAGAUUUAAAAAAAUGAAAGGUUUUUUUUAAACUUCUCAAAAAUGGUUAAAGCCAGAUUAAUUCUUUUGGUAAUAUAAAUGUGCAAACUACAAAACACUCAAAACAGCUCCGUGUUUUGUCUACAAUGAAAUUGUUAGAGCUAACCCCUCUCAAUUAGAAAUGAAUUACCCAUAAUAUAUCUAGAAUCCUGUUGGAUCAUGUCUUUAACCACCUUGGUUGGGUUCCCUUUAAAUAUAGACCAAGAUACUUUUUUUGCUAGGAUGGGAAUAAACUGUGAAUUUGCAUCCAUCAAGUGCAAAAUUUUGUAAUCUCAUGUGUAAAAAUAAUGUCAUAUUUGUAGCUUUCACUGUACAAUAGCUCCUAUUUGUCAACUGUUUGUAAAAAAAA